AUGGCUGCCACCAUAGCCCCCAACCCACCGAAGCUCUCCACUCUCCCGCCAACAGACUUCUUCACCGACAAACAAUGGUCCAUUCUCUCCGCCCUCCUAGACGCCUCUCUGCCGUCCAUGGCGCCCAAGUCCGCUGCCAAGGACCGGCGCGCGCAGGUCGGGGUUCCCGAGGCCGAGUUCAACCGUGCGCUCGAGCGCCUGAAGCGCGUGCGCGGCGGCGAUGUGCCGUCCGAUGAGGCGCUGUGGGGCCUCCUCGGCGACAAGUGUGCGGCCGAUCCGAUGUUUGUGGAUAACUGCAAGCGGUUCAUCUGUUCGUUCCCGGCAGAGCAUCAGGAUGCCCUUGGAGAUGCGUUGAAGAAGCUGUCCUCCCGAAUCGGUGCGUACAUCCUCACGGGCUACUGCACCCCCUACGACACCCUCCCCACGCACACCCGCGCCAAAAUCCUCGAGUCUUGGCGCACAUCCUGGAUCCCGCAACUCCGCGUCCUCUCCAAAACCAUCCAACAACUCGCUCAAAAGGCCUACUUCCAAACGAACCCAACCUUCAAGCAACUCUCCGGCUACCCGGACGUCCCACAAGACUACAAACCCGGGCCCGGCUACGACUUCCAGUUCCUCCAAUUCCCCGCCUCCUCCGACAACUCGCAAGUCGAAAUCUCAGCCGACGUCGUCAUCGUCGGCUCCGGCCCCGGAGGCUCCGUCUGCGCACGCACCCUCGCCGAAGCAGGCCACUCCGUCCUCGUCGUAGAUAAAGGCUACCACUUCCCCCCCACCCAACUCCCCAUGCCGCAGACCGAAGCGUGCGAGUACCUCUUCGAAGGCCAGGGCCUCCUCGCGUCUGCCGACAAGUCAUCGUCGUUGGUCAUGGGCACGUGCUGGGGCGGCAGCGGAACCAUUAACUGGAGCGUGUCUCUCCAGACGCAGGACUAUGUGCGCGAGGAGUGGGCCAAGAAGGAUGGGCUGCCCUUCUUCACGUCCGAAAGGUUCCAGAAGUGUUUAGAUCGCGUCUGCGAGGCCAUGGGCGUCAGCGACAAGUAUAUUCGCCAUAAUCACGGGAACAGGGUCCUUUUAGAGUCAUCGGAGAAGUUGGGCUGGAAGGCGAAGCCGGCGCCGCAGAAUACGAUGGGGAAGGAACAUUACUGUGGACAGUGCCACUUGGGGUGCGGGUCGAAUGAGAAGAUGGGACCGGCGGCUUGUUAUUUGCCGGCUGCUGCUAGGGCGGGGGCCAAGUUUAUCGAGGGCUUCGAGGUUGAGAAGGUCUUGUUCGAAGAGGGUGAGAAGAAGACAAAGAAGGCCGUCGGGGUUGUCGGGACUUGGGUGUCCAGGGAUAAGAAGGGGGGUGUGGACGGGCCGGCGAAGGAGAAGAUUACGAGGCGGGUGGUUGUGAAGGCGAAGAAGGCUAUUGUGUCUUCAGGGUCGAUCUGGAGUCCGGUCAUCUUGAAGAAGAGCGGAUUGGAGAACCCCCAAAUCGGCAAGAAUCUGCAUAUCCAUCCAUGCAACUUCCUCGCUGCGGCGUUCAAGGAGGAAGUCAAGCCAUGGGAGGGCGGCAUCAUCACGAGCUACUGCAGCGAAUUCGAAAACCUCGACGGCCAAGGCCACGGCCCCAAACUCGAGCCAACCUGCAUGGUCCCCUACAUAGCCCUCGCCUCCCUCCCCUUCUCCUCCCCCCUCGAAGCCAAACUCUCCACCCUCAAAUACCCCCACAUGAACUCCUACAUCUCCCUCACCCGCGACCGCGACACCGGCUCCGUAACCGUCCACCCCACCACCGGCCGCCCCCUAAUCCACUACACGCCCUCCGCCUUCGACGCGCGGCACACUCUCGAGGGCGUCGUGGGCAUCGCCAAGCUCUGCUACGUAGCUGGCGCGCAGGAGAUUUACGCCUUCGUCCCCUGGCUCGAGCCCUUUGUCCGCUCUACCCCUGCCACCACCGAUGACAAGGUCUCCGCCAAGGACCUCAUCGAGAAAGAUGCCGAGUUCAAGGCUUGGUUGGACAAGGUCCGCGACGCGGGGAACAAGCCCGGCCUGGGCGUGUGGGCCUCGGCGCACCAGAUGGGCACUUGCCGCAUGAGCAGUAGGGCUGAGGAGGGCGUCGUGGAUGCGAGGGGCAAGGUUUGGGGGUGCGAAGGGUUGUAUGUUGCGGAUGCUAGUGUUUUUCCUAGCGCGAGCGGGGUGAAUCCUUUGGUUACGAAUAUGGCUAUUGCGGAUUAUAUUGCUGCGAAUGUCGUGGAGGAUUUGAAGGGGUAG